GUCAGCUGACUUGCGGGGAAGAAGGAGUGGAGGAAGAAGGUUUGGGAGCUGUUGAGGCCUAGCGGAGUCGGCGUAGCCAUGGCUAGCCAGUCCCAGGGUAUCCAGCAGCUGCUGCAGGCGGAGAAGCGCGCCGCCGAGAAGGUUUCUGAGGCCCGCAAACGAAAGAACCGGAGACUGAAGCAAGCAAAAGAAGAAGCUCAGGCUGAGAUUGAGCAGUACCGACUGCAGAGGGAGAAAGAGUUUAAAGCCAAAGAAGCUGCGGCUCUUGGUAGCCAUGGCAGUUGCAGCUCUGAAGUAGAGAAGGAAACCUUGGAGAAGAUGUCUGUCCUCCAAACCCACUUCCAGAAGAAUAGGGAGGAAGUCCUGGAAAACCUGUUGGCUUUUGUGUGUGACAUCCAUCCAGAAAUCCAUGAAAACUACCGCAUAAAUGGAUAGGAUAAAAGAAAUAAGCUCAUAUUCGAUAGAUAGGUUGGCAGUUCAGUUGCCCUACUGUAGAAUGUGAAGCUUUAGCUAUGCUACAAUUACAUUCUUGUAUAAAGAUUUUAAAUUAUUUCUGUAUAAUAUUUGGUAUGGUACUUCAGUCUUUCUGAAGUCUAGAGAAUCUAACUUCAGACAGACUGAAAGCUUAUCCUAAGAGUGAAUAUUCUUAUCUCUUAUUUCAUACUGAGUACAGCUUUUUUGUGCCUUUUAGUUGGUAAGCUGGAGAAUGCUACACUGCUUCCUACAUGAUUUUAGUGCUGAAGAUUAUUUAAAGAAAGGAGUUAACAUGUAGCAUUCUCUAGGACUUCAUUAUUGUAAACGUCAAUGGUGCAUUGGGAAGUAAUGGGCAUCUUUAAAAUAGCCCUGUCUUGAUAGGUUUUAGCAUAAUAAUGUUGCUGAUAUAGCCAUUUAGGAUCCUUUGAGUUACCCUUGAUGGAACCGAACCAGCUUACAGAACUCAGGUGCUUAUGAAUACCUUGUAACAUUUAGUAUGUGCAUGGUGACUUGAAAGUAAAGACUAUUUAACAUAAGUGUUCCUUAGCUUGCAUCUUUUCCUUUGGCUCAUGCUUUUUAAACAAAUAGUCCAAAAAAGCUGGUUGCUCUAUAACACGUUGCUUUGGAAGUUAAUAGUCCCCAGAGCCUUUAGAAAAUGUUCACUAUGGGCACUGUAGGGAGGGAAAAGAGUAAUUUAUCCUAACAUUAAGUAGCACGUGUUAAUCUAUUGACCUUUUCUCAGGGGUCCCUCACAUUACUGACUUUUGAUGCCUUGCUUAAUUUUCAAAGUGGUUUCCAGUGUCCUAGAUGUUUAAAGCCUAGGACAGCCUCAAUGCCAUCUACAGGCAUGUAAGUGUAUUAUGUACAGAUCACUGAAGUCAAUCAAAUAUUUAUUGAGCUUCUACUCUGUUCUCAGCAUUGCAUUGGGUGCAGUGAAGCAGGCACAAAGGUUAUAGGUACAAAAGGAGAAGAUACCAGUCAAUUCUCAAGGAACUAUUAGUCUUUUGCUGUUACUAAGCUUUUUCAUUGAGGGAGAACACCCUGGAAUUCGUUGGGGUUUCUUAAGGAAAACCUCAGUUCAGUGCUGACUCAUCCUCCUCCUGCUAGGGAAAGACUGUUACAUUAGAAGCAUCUUCUGUUACUUUAGUAAUAUCUUCACAAAUCUCAGGGGUUUUAGAAUUGUCACUGGUGCAAUUUUGAAUGUGGGACCUCCGAGUUUAUAAGACUUGAUAACUUUAGAUCUGCCCUUAACAUUCAUUUUCUAGUUCCCCUGGAGAGAACUUAACGAGAUAACUCCUUCCUGCUUUGUGAUUCUCUAGAAAGGGUCACUCUUCUCUUAAGUGAGUGUUUGUUCAGAUAGGCUCCUGAAUCAUUUGAAAGUAGUAAUACUGGCGUUUGGCCAGUAGGGUAGGGCUAGGGGCUGGACCUCUUGUUCUUACUAAUAUAGAGAACUCCUGGUGAAGAAACUCAUGUGAAUGCAGAUCAACAUUUGCCUUAAGUCUAUUUGCCAGUAGUUUUUUUUCCCCUAUAUAUUAGGCCUAUGAGAAUUGUUUAACCUGUGGAAUUUGCAUUGGCCCUUCUCAGAUUUCUACCUGUUGCCAUUUAAUUGCUUUUACUUCUCCCCAUCUCACCUAAAAACCACUUUUUCUUAAGACACCCCCUCCUCCAAAGAAAUAUAAAGGAAAGGCAUCCUAUUCAAUCUCUUUGAGAUCUACCGACUGCCAUAAGUCUCUACCUCUUUACGUAGUUGCUUUGUUCUUCAGCAGACUGCAGUUAACCAGCCUUCCCACAGGAUCAUUUCAAAUAAAUUACACAAACAUUCAGAAUGAACAUAUAUUUACUACCAUCUUUUCCAAACCUUGGCCAUCCAAAUUCACUUAUAUCUCACUUGUCAUGUGUUAAAUGUCUCAAAUAUCAUUGAGAAAACCUGUGAUCCUAAGCCCAAAUACUCAGGAAACAACUAGAUUAAUUAAUCAUCUGACCAUUUUGGGAGCCAUUCAACAUGGUCAGGGUCUGAGUGUCAUGGUUACCUAUCUCUCCCAAUGUCAUAAGCUCCAGUAGAGCUGUACAGCAGGGAAACUGCUGCCUUCUACCUAGGACAGGAAAGCUUGUCCAUUACAAACUUUUUACUCAACUUUGGCUGGGUAUAGGGACUAGACUGGGGUUUAUGCUUUAUUUCUCUGCUCCCAUCCCAAUCCUGCUGCUUUUUGGGUGGAGGUCAUGACACUAACCCUUCUAGAUAGAUUAACCUGAAUUUUAUAUAUGUACAUCGGUGAUGUACAUUGCCAUGGACGAAUUGAUCAUAAUAGCAUUCUGCUUUGAAAUUUUGUGUAAGUAAUGUAAUCAAUUAUUAGUAUCCCCAGUUGAGGGAACCAUGCCCCAGAGAAGGUAAUAGGGAGAGUUAAUCCUUUGCAACAAUCUAAUUUUAAUAGUGGUUACCAUACUUUUGGCUAACCAUUCUUGUAUGUUGCCUGACAUCUGUGCAAAAAUAGUAAAAGUAAAUGAUUAAUAAAUGCUUUUUGAACCUGU